ACAUAAGAAAUUGGUAUUUUUAAAAGGGAAAGGGGCGGACUGCAGAAAUCGACGUUGCUUUGCCUUGGCCGCUAACUCUGUUUUAAAUUCGUGUAUUUUCAAACAAAUUUAGAGUUUUUGAGCCUCCGAACCGAAAUUCGCGCAACAGAGUCGGUGCAAUGACGGGAAUAAUUUCGAUCGUAACGAGGCGGGUGCCUCAAACUUUAGGAAUGCGAGCCCUGCGGAGUAAUGAGUUGAAGCGCUGCAUUCGUCAAUAUUCCCGGCUAGUCGUUUGUGCCGCCCAGCAGCAGCCACUGCUACGCCAAGAUGCCUCGCAUCGGUGCCAGGAGGCCACCAGGCUUCUCAGAUGGCAAGGCAUCCACACCACGUCGAGCAUGUGGUCGGAGCAGACCGUGAAUGUGCCUCCCUUUGCAGACUCUAUCGCCGAGGGUGACAUCAAAUUCACUUGCAAGGUAGGUGACUCAUUCGCCGCCGACGAGGCCGUCAUGGAAAUCGAGACCGACAAGACCACUGUUGCCGUGCCCGCUCCCUUCGCAGGCACCCUCACCGACAUCCUGGUCAAGGACGGCGACACCGUCAAGCCCGGCCAGGCUCUGUUCAAGAUUAAGCCCGGUGCGGCGCCUGCCAAGGCAGCUCCAGCAGCGGCAGCUGCUCCCGCUCCUGCUGCCCCUAAAGCUGCUCCAGCACCCGCUGCUGCCGCACCCAAGGCUGCUCCUGCUCCAGCUGCUCCAGCUGCUCCCGCUGCAGCCAAGCCGCCACCGCCGCCACCAAAAGCAGCGCCUCGUCCGCCGCCAGUUGCUCCUGUGGCCGCCCUUAAGCCGGCCGUUGCCCAGGUCAAGGUGCCACCUGUUGAUGGAUCGCGUCAGAUCCUAGGAACACGGUCAGAGCAGCGCGUCAAGAUGAACCGCAUGCGUCUGAAGAUUGCUGCCCGCUUGAAGGAUGCCCAGAACACAUGUGCCAUGCUCACCACCUUUAACGAGAUCGACAUGAGUUACGCCAUGAACUUCCGCAAGGAAAAUCUGGAUGCAUUCGUUAAAAAAUACGGCAUCAAGCUAGGAUUCAUGUCCAUCUUCUCGAAGGCCAGUGCCUAUGCGCUUCAGGAUCAGCCCGUGGUGAACGCUGUCAUCGAUGGCACGGACAUUGUUUACCGCGAUUACGUGGACAUCUCGGUGGCUGUGGCCACGCCCCGCGGCUUGGUGGUUCCCGUCAUCCGUAACGUGGAGAGCAUGAACUAUGCUGACAUUGAGAUCGCGUUGGCCGGUCUGGCCGAUAAGGCAAAGCGGGAUGCCAUCACCGUGGAGGACAUGGAUGGCGGCACUUUCACCAUUAGCAACGGCGGAGUGUUUGGAUCCCUGAUGGGCACGCCCAUCAUCAAUCCACCACAGAGUGCCAUUCUCGGCAUGCAUGGCAUCUUUGAGCGUCCGAUCGCUGUUAAAGGAGAGGUCAAGGUUCGCCCAAUGAUGUACAUCGCACUGACUUACGAUCACCGAAUCAUCGAUGGUCGUGAGGCAGUACUGUUCCUGCGAAAAAUCAAGGCAGCUGUGGAGAAUCCAACGAUUAUUGUGGCCGGCUUGUAGAGUGAAUUGUGUUUAAUUGCGUCCACGGCCUUCAUUUGAUAUUAGCCUCUUAAACAUGAAACUAAUCUUUGGUUAUUUAUUAUUUUAUUUCGCGAUAGAAAAACAACAGAAAAUCGAACUUUUUUCGAACCAUCAGUAGUAGUCAAAAUAAAGCAAACGUGGAACUUUUCUUAAAUAUCAACUGUGCACUGAAUGUUAUUGUUAACCUAAGACGCUGCAAUAUAAAGUCGUAAUAAAGCGAUGACGAAUAUUGACCAACCUCAA